AUGUCUCUCAUCGCUUCGACCUCCUUCACCCAGUUCUCGAGCCCUGCACGGUCCGCCGAGCUUGCUGGUGGCGCUUAUGUGCUGUCUAUAGCAGCAUUAGACAAUGAAUAUGCAGUGCUGUCUUCUGCGCCUUCAAAUCAAAUACAUCUAUAUGAUCGCGCUUCCUUGAGACCAUCCGCGUCUUUCGACGCGCAUACCACCGCCGGGACCUCUCUACGCUCUGCAGAAAAUAUUCAUGGAACCUCGCGCCGCGUCCUCUUGUCGUCUGGCAAGGACGCGACAGUAAAAGUCUGGGAUGCCCGGACACCGACGCCCGCCCUCAUUAUGAGGCAAGCGGGAGCGCCGCGCGCUCUUCUGUGUGCCGAUGCCGCGCCAGACGGCAUGUUGAUUGCCGCGGGCGCUGAACUCAAAGGCGACGACGCGCCUAUUCUCUACUGGGACCACCGCUCGCCCGCCGCCCCUUUGCGCUCCCACGCGUCUACGCACUCGGACGACGUUACCGCGCUGCACUUCUCCCGCUCACAGGGCACCGCGCGUCAAGUGCUCUCCGCGUCAUCCGAUGGACUGCUGAGCCUUAGCAACGCGGACGAAGAGGACGAAGAUGAAGCCGUCGUACACGUCGGAAACUGGGGCUGCUCCGUCGCACAGGCAGAAUGGAUGCCGAACGGUGAAGGCGCAUGGGCGAGUAGCGAUAUGGAGACGUUCUCGACGUGGUCGGCCGAGCUCGAUCCUCGCGCAAAUGUCGAUAUUCGCGAGCCGUCGCUGCAUACUCCCCAGAUCGAAUGGGUCACCGACUAUCUGAUCGGAUGCCAUGCGUCUGAACGCGGAGGGAUGAGUCUGUUCGUGGGCAGCAAUGAAGGCGAUGUAGCGCUCUUAAAGAGCUCGGACUGGGGCAAUAGUUCGGCCGACUGGAAUCUCGAAAGACUGUUCAUCGGUGCUCAUACUGGCGUGGUCAGGAGUAUGUUAUGGGAUGAGCAGAACAAUGUACUCCUGACGGGCGGGGAAGAUGCGAGAUUGCAUGCGUGGGCAUGCCCUCCACUGGCCUCAGCAUUCGCCUUAGACCCCGGAGUGAGCAGCUUGUCCCCGCGAAAGCGUGACCUCGACGGCGACGUAGAGAUGGGAACCUCCCCGGAGUCGGCGAAGAAGAAAGCGCGUAGAUGA